AUGCUAACGACAUCGGACGAAAUCCCGCUCGAAUGCAUGCGCAAAGCGAUUGCACUGGCUCGUCUCUGCAAACCCAUCCCGACGGCGUUCUGUGUAGGAUGUCUGAUGACGAAGACCGGAACGGGCGAGGUGGUCUCUGAGGGAUAUUCGAGGGAACUAGAGGGCAACACCCAUGCCGAACAAUGUGCGAUAAUGAAGCUAUCACCACUGGAUGGACCUUCGUCGAGUAUGCUGGCUGGGGACUUGGACCUCUACACAACCAUGGAGCCGUGUUCCAUCCGACUCUCCGGAAAUAAACCCUGUGCCGAUCUCAUCCUCCAGUUCAAUCGGUCUCAUCAUCCCCAUCUUAGGAUCAAGAACAUCUUCUUGGGGGUCGUCGAACCAGACGACUUCGUUAAUUGUGAGGGAGUCAAAAAGUUGCAGGACAGCGGCCUUACGAUCAUUCAAGUCGUUGGAUUCAAGGAGGAGUGUCUAAGGAUUGCGCGAGGUGAAGAUAAAAAUAAUCCAUAG